UGGCCAGCGUCUCUACGGCUUUGCAGGAGGACUGCCGGCCAGAAGCAAGGCAAAAGGGGAGGGUCUCGAGCACAGUCCCGCUCCUCCGAGAGAGGGACCGGGCCGGGUGGAAAUCCUGCACCCGGGAGCCACCGAGACGCCCGGCACACAACAUGGAACGAGCCGGCCCCAGCUCCGCGCGGCCGAAGCAGCAGCGGGACCAGGACUGGGUGGAAGCGUGGCUGGAUGAUCACCGGGACUUUACCUUCUCUUACUUUGUUAGAAAAGCCACCAGAGAAAUGGUCAAUGCAUGGUUUUCAGAGAGAGUUCAUACCAUCCCUGUAUGCAAGGAAGGCACCCGAGCCCACAGCGAGUCUUGCUCCUGCCCUUUGCAGCCAAGUCCUCAUGCAGAGACCACCACCCCUGCAGCCCCAGCCAGAAAAAUCUCUGCCUCAGAAUUUGAUCGGCCUCUUAGACCCAUUGUUGUCAAGGAUUCCGAGGGAACUGUGAGCUUUCUCUCCGACUCAGGAAAAAAGGAACAGAUGCCACUAACCCCCCCAAGAUUUGAUAGCGAUGAAGGGGACCAGUGCUCCAGACUCUUGGAAUUAGUAAAAGAUAUUUCCAGUCACUUGGAUGUCACAGCCUUAUGUCACAAAAUUUUCUUGCAUAUCCACGGACUCAUCUCCGCCGAUCGCUAUUCCCUAUUCCUUGUCUGUGAGGACAGCUCCAAAGACAAAUUUCUGGUCAGCCGCCUCUUUGAUGUCGCUGAAGGUUCGACCCUGGAGGAAGCUUCCAAUAACUGUAUCCGCCUGGAGUGGAACAAAGGCAUUGUGGGACAUGUGGCAGCUUUUGGCGAGCCCUUGAACAUCAAAGAUGCCUAUGAGGAUCCUCGGUUCAAUGCAGAAGUUGACCAAAUUACAGGGUACAGGACACAAAGUAUUCUUUGUAUGCCAAUUAAGAACCACAGAGAAGAGGUUGUUGGUGUGGCCCAGGCCAUCAACAAGAAGUCAGGAAAUGGUGGGACAUUCACUGAAAAGGAUGAAAAGGACUUCGCUGCCUAUUUGGCAUUUUGUGGUAUUGUCCUUCACAAUGCUCAGCUCUAUGAAACGUCACUGCUGGAGAACAAAAGAAAUCAGGUAUUGCUCGACCUUGCUAGCUUAAUUUUCGAAGAGCAGCAGUCAUUAGAAGUAAUUCUGCAGAAAAUAGCUGCCACUAUUAUCUCCUUCAUGCAGGUGCAGAAGUGCACCAUAUUCAUCGUGGAUGAAGACUGCUCUGAUUCCUUCUCUAGUGUGUUCCACAUGGAGUGUGAGGAACUAGGAAAAUCAGCUGACACUUUAACAAGGGAGCACGAUGCAAACAAAAUCAAUUACAUGUAUGCUGAGUAUGUCAAAAACACGAUGGAGCCACUUAAUAUCCCUGAUGUCGCUAAGGACAAAAGAUUUCCCUGGACAAAUGAAAACACGGGCAGUGUGAACACACAACACACUGGAAGUUUGCUUUGCACACCUAUAAAAAACGGGAAGAAGAACAAAGUCAUAGGGGUUUGCCAACUUGUAAAUAAGAUGGAGGAGAAUACUGGCAAGAUUAAACCUUUCAACCAAAACGAUGAACAGUUUCUGGAAGCUUUUGUUAUCUUCUGUGGCUUGGGGAUCCAGAACACACAGAUGUAUGAAGCGGUGGAGAGAGCCAUGGCCAAGCAAAUGGUGACAUUGGAGGUCCUGUCCUAUCAUGCGUCAGCAGCCGAGGAAGAAACGAGAGAACUCCAGGCUUUAGCGGCUGCUGUGGUACCAUCUGCCCAAACCCUUAAAAUUACCGACUUCAGCUUCAGUGACUUUGAGCUGUCUGACCUGGAAACGGCACUGUGUACAAUUCGGAUGUUCACCGACCUCAACCUUGUGCAGAACUUCCAGAUGAAACACGAGGUUCUUUGCAGAUGGAUUUUAAGUGUCAAGAAGAAUUAUCGGAAGAACGUUGCUUAUCACAAUUGGAGGCAUGCUUUUAACACGGCACAGUGCAUGUUUGCUGCCCUGAAAUCAGGCAAGAUUCAGAACAAGUUGACGGAUCUAGAGACACUUGCAUUGCUGAUUGCUGCUUUAAGUCAUGAUUUGGAUCAUCGCGGUGUGAACAACUCAUACAUACAGCGGAGUGAACACCCGCUGGCCCAGCUGUACUGCCACUCCAUCAUGGAACACCAUCAUUUUGAUCAGUGUUUGAUGAUUCUAAAUAGCCCAGGCAACCAGAUUCUCAGUGGCCUCUCCAUUGAAGAAUAUAAGACCACACUGAAAAUAAUCAAGCAAGCCAUUUUAGCUACAGACCUAGCACUGUACAUUAAGAGACGAGGAGAAUUUUUUGAACUUAUAAGAAAAAAUCAAUUCAGCUUUGAAGAUCCUCUUCAAAAGGAGUUAUUUCUAGCAAUGUUGAUGACUGCCUGUGAUCUUUCUGCGAUUACGAAGCCCUGGCCUAUUCAACAACGGAUAGCAGAACUUGUGGCAGCUGAGUUCUUCGAUCAAGGAGACAGAGAGAGAAAAGAACUCAACAUCGAGCCUGCUGAUCUAAUGAACAGGGAGAAGAAAAAUAAAAUCCCAAGUAUGCAAGUUGGGUUCAUAGAUGCCAUCUGUUUGCAGCUGUAUGAGGCCCUGACGCACGUUUCGGAGGACUGUUUGCCCUUGCUGGAUGGCUGCAGGAAGAACAGACAGAAAUGGCAGGCCCUGGCAGAGCAGCAGGAGAAGACGCUCAUUAACGGAGAGAGCAGCCAGGCCAAGCGAGACUGACAGCGUCCCCUGGGUGCAGAGGGCCCUAGGCCGGCUUUCUCCACACACCACGCCUAUUUGUGUGCACUUUGCCACGGCUGUGUUUUGUUUUUGCACAACUUUUGAGAGCAUAGCAUGAAGUGUUUUAGAGAU